AUGUCUUCCUCCGUCACCUAUGACCGACGCUCCUUCUUCAUCCACGGCGAACCGUUUCUAAUCCUCUGCGGCUCCGUUCACUACAUCCGCCUGCACCCUUCUCGUUGGGACGCCCUCUUCGACACCUUCCACCGUGCCGGCCUGAACACCCUCGAAACAUAUGUGUUCUGGGGGGAGCACGACGGCGCCCCUCCCGUCACGGCCGCCCCUUCGCCCACACCCCAUGCCCGCCCGUCCUCGUAUGACUUCUCCGGCCGUCGUGAUCUCUUCGCCUUCCUCCGCGCGGCUUCCUCCCGCAGCCUCAAGGUCAUCUUGCGCAUCGGUCCGUACGUCUGCGCGGAAGUGUCCUACGGCGGCUUCCCCUCGCGCUUACGUUUUGUCCCCGACAUCGAGUUUCGCACAUACAACACGGCCUUCAUGGACGAGGUGGCAACCUGGGUCCGCUACGUCGCCACCCAACUCAAGGAGGAAAAGUUGAUGCUGCCGCAGGGGGGACCGGUCAUGCUCGUGCAGCUGGAGAACGAAUACUCGAUGGUAUCAGAUGCGUACGGAGAUGUUGGGGGCAAGUAUUUGCAGUGGUGCGCCGAUCUGCAGAAGGAGCUCGAGUUUGGUGUGCCAGGCAUCAUGUGCUACGGAGCUGCCGAGGGGGUCGUGGAGACGAUCAACUCGUUUUAUGCGCACGAGGAGAUUGACGGGCACCGGCAGAGGCAUGCAGAUCAGCCGCCUGUGUGGACUGAGUGUUGGACCGGGUGGUACAAUGUAUGGGGGGCUGCCAAACAUGUGAGGAAGGCGGAGGAUUUGGCGUACGCCGUGGCGAGAUGGUUUGCGCAAGGAGGGGCCGGGGUGAAUUACUACAUGUGGAUGGGGGGAACGAAUUUUGGGAGGAGCGCCAUGUACCUGCAGGCCACUUCGUAUGGGUAUGAUGCACCCGUGAAUGAGUUUUAUCAGGAGACGAGUAAGAUGAGGCAUCUUGCAAGGCUACAUCGCGUGUUGAAAGACAAGUUUGAGCGGGCGUUUAUGGCGACGAGGGAACAGGAUGCCGAGUGCGUGGGAAGGACAGUGUAUCGGUGGGGGGAUGCUGUGUUUGUGUGCAAUGAUUCGGAUGAACAGCUGACUGAUGUGUGUAUUGAGGGUGUAGAAGGGAAAUACACUGGGGUGGUGGCGGCCAAGUCUGUGAGCAUCAUCGACGGAUUCAGCGGGGAGCUCUUAUACGAUUCGUCUAGUAUACACGGGGAUGACGUCGUGACGCAGGAGUUGGUUGCGGCACCGGUGGUGGCGGGUGACUGGGCCUCGAUGAGCGAACCGGUGCCAUCAUGGGAUAACAUAGAAGCAAUAUCAGAGGCUAGCGGGGGAGAGUCGCGACCCGUUGUAAGCGGGGCAAGUCCGCCAGAUCAGCUUAUGCUGACGCAAGACUCGUCAGACUUCUGCUUUUACGUAGCGAAGUACCGAAGCGUGGGGGAAGGGAAAGGAAAGCGAAAGGUGGAGUUCGAAGCCGGGGAUUACGCAACGGUGUUCUGCGACGGGAAGAUGCAAGGGUGA